AUGAUACGAAAUGUUAUGGACAUGAAUGCCCUUUAUGGAGGUCUAAAUGCUGCAUUUUUAGAAGCAGGAAAGUCGGUUUGGGUGAUGAAUGUGGUCCCCACUAGGACUCGUAACACCCUCCCACUCAUACUUGAUCAGGGAUUCGCUGGCAUUUUGCAUGACUGGUGUGAACCUUUCCCAACAUACCCACGGACAUAUGACAUGGUUCAUGCAAAUGGGCUCCUUUCAAAUAUAAUUUUAGAGGGGUGUAGCUUGAAAACUCUACUUUUGGAGAUUGAUCGUAUUUUACGACCUGAGGGUUGGGUUGUACUUUCGGAUAAGGUGGGGCCUAUAGAGGAUGCACGAAUGAUUGCUACACAAAUACGAUGGGAAGCAAGGGUAAUUGAUCUUGAAAAUGGUAGUGAACAAAGGCUACUUGUUUGUCAAAAGCCAUUUGUAAGAAAAUGAGUUGAGUCUUUUUUUCACAAGUGAAGGUUUUAUAAAUCCCUAUAUACAUAGAUGAUGCAAGAAAUUUGUCAGUUGUAAUUGGGUUGUAUUAGUCGAUGAAAAAGGAAAGGAAGAUUGAGAUAUAAGGAAACACGAAUUGUAAGAUGUAGAUUAGAGAAAGUUUUGUUACCACGUUUUUUCUUUUACGUUUC